UUUCCUCAAAAAAAAAAAAAAAGAAGAAGAAGAAGAAGAAAAAUCCUAGAAACGAGGAUGGGGGCAUGAAAUAAUCUAAUAAACAAUGGCGACGAGCCGUCGUGUAAUUCACUCACUCGGACUCUUGGAGAUGGAGAAGUGAAGCGCGAAGGAGCCGACUUUCAUGCAAACAGAAGACGAAGGAUUUGAUUGAGAUUGAUUGAUUGAUUCAUUGAGGGUGCAAAAAGAGUGGUUUCGUUCGAGCUAAAGUUGAAGCUAAGUCGAGUUACAGUUCAUCCUUUCUCUGUCAUCUUCAUUUCUUCCAUUAUUUAUUGGGUAGAAAGAAAUCAUCAAACCCCCAUCACCAUCUGUGAAUCAUUGCGGGACAGAUAGAGAAUUGAGAUUUUUAAGUUAUAGGUCCUCUUUUUGCUCUGCUCCCACUGGGUUAGGGUUUUUUUUUGUUGGGGUUCACUCGUUGUUUGUAUGUCAUUUAUCUCACUAUCUCCGAGUUGAUUUAAUGUGCGGAAGAGGGAUGUUUCAGACCCACGACCCAAUUCUGCUGCUGAAUUUGACGCCAAUUUGAAAGACAUAGUCAUUCUGGGUCGGAUCAUUCGUCUAUCGGCUGUUUUGAGCUGAAUUUUGAGCUUAAAGUUGAAGAUGGAGAAUGGUUUCGACGGGAGAUCGUUGGCUGAGAAGUUCUCCGGAUUGGCCGUCACAGCUGCUCCACCGGAGCAAUUUAACUCCCACUCGUCCAACAAUCACAGUAACAGCAACGACAGCAACUUGUUUCAGGUCUUGAAAGCUGUUGAAGCAGCGGAGGCUACCAUCAAGCAACAGGUGGAGGAAAAUAAUCGUCUGAGGAUCGAACUUCAGAAAAAGAUCCAGGAACUGGAGAAAUAUCAGAAGGUUGAUGAAUCUUUGGCUCGAAGGUUUCAUUCCACAGACCAGUGGAAUGAGAAUGACCAUGGAUCAAAUGGGGGUCAUCAAUCAGAUAAUUCAGUCGAUAAUGAAAGGCAUAGGUUUAAGAAUAACAUUUCUGCAGUUGAUUCACAUGGAACACUAGUUGUCCAUCGAGAUGUUGAGCAAAAAGAUGAAGUUUCCAUGCGUAUUGAUAAAGAAUCUCGUUAUGCGGACGGCAAGUCUGACGAAAUAGUGAAUGCUCUUCCGGGUGUUCAGCCUUCAGUUGAUAAUGCUGGUUACUCGCAGUUCUCUUCACCAUCUACAACAUCCUUCUCUGCUAGCAGGUUUCCAGUGGAUGGAGAAUAUGAUCCACAGAUUAAGUUGUCUGGACAUGGCCUGAUGUCAAAGGCUGAAGCAAAYAAUCCCAAGAGUCUCUGGAAGCAGGAUCUUGUUGUUAAAGUCCAGGAACAUGAAGAUGAAAUUGUGCAGUUACGCAAGCAUCUUGCUGAUUAUUCUAUCAAGGAAGCACAAAUACGAAAUGAAAAAUAUGUUCUGGAAAAACGUAUUGCCUAUAUGCGUUUGGCCUUUGAUCAACAACAACAAGACCUUGUUGAUGCUGCUUCUAAAGCUCUCUCAUACAGACAAGACAUAAUUGAGGAAAAUAUACGUCUUACAUAUGCAUUGCAGGAAGCACAGCAAGAGAGAACUACAUUUGUAUCAUCUUUGCUGCCUCUUCUUGCGGAAUAUUCUCUGCAGCCUCCUGUUCCUGAUGCUCAGUCCAUUAUCAGCAAUGUCAAGAUUCUAUUUAAGCACUUGCAGGAGAAACUCCUUCUCACUGAGACAAAAUUGAAAGAGUCRCAGUAUCAAUUAACACCUUGGCGCUCUGAUGCAAGCCACUCGAGUUUUGCACAACAGUCACCUUUCCACUCAGUUGGUGCAACCUUAACUGCUUCAACUAAAAAUGGGCUUGAACUGGUUCCUCAACCUUCAUACUGGAACGGGAAGAUCCCAGUUUCUUCUUCUGAUGCUCAGACAACAGCUGAUUGGGAUCUAUCAAGUCAUCAUCAGAUUGGUUUAGGUGUUGAUGUUGCAAAAAACUUGGAACCAGAUGAUUUGGGGAGGUAUUCACUUCAUGCAAGCAGUGAAGCAACAAACAAACAGGUGACAUUUCGUGAACCUGUAAGCAACAGUGAGAUGGAUGACCCGGAUGUUGUACACCAAACAGAUAGAGAUCCUCUCACCAACUGGAGUUCUCGGGAAUCUCCCCCUGUUGCCACUCUCGACGAGCCAAGCUCAUCUCAUUCUCCAAUUCUGCCUCCAGUCCUUGAGGAACCUUCACCUUCAUUUUCUGAAGAUGAUGAUCCAUUGCCUGCUAUUGAAGCCCUCCAAAUAUCUGGUGAAGCUUUUCCAGGACAAGAGCUCCAAGCAUGUGGAUACUCAAUUAAUGGAACUACUAGCUGUAAUUUUGAGUGGGUACGGCAUUUGGAGGAUGGAUCUGUUAAUUACAUUGAAGGGGCAAAGCAACCAAACUAUCGCGUUACUGCAGAUGAUGUUGACACCUAUCUAGCUAUUGAAGUACAACCUUUGGAUAACAGAAGGCGCAAGGGAGAGCUUGUAAAGGUAUUUGCCAAUGAGCACCGAAAGAUUACUUGUGAACCUGAAAUGCAGAACCACAUAGAGAAGACUCUUUAUAGUGGUCAUGCUUCAUACAAAGUAUCCAUCUCGGCUGGAUAUCUUGAUAUAUGGGAACCGGCUACACUAUCUAUCAAAAGGGAAGGAUACAGUAUAAAAUGUAGCGGACCUAGUGGUGAUGCCAUCACUGAAAAGUUUUCAACAAAUACAACUGUAUCGAUUCCAUUUGGACAUCCUUUUGAGUUCGUAAUAACUGGUUCUAACAAUGUUGAGCAUCACUUGCGAGCAGAAAACAAUUCUGCAGAUAUAAGCUGUUUCAGAGAUACCAUUGUGCUGAYCUUGAGACUAUUCAUUAUAAGGGGUCAAUGACCAAGAAAUGAGUUGCCGGAAGAUGAUUGAACUUCUUUUCUCGACCACCUUCCAAAGAAGAUCAAUAGGCUUCUGAAUCCACUUCCCUUAUCCAAUCCAACCCAUGCACAAUCAAGCCUUUGAAACUAGGUUUAGUCAAAUAGAGUUAUUUACACCUUUUAGUCUAUUUUAGUUGUAUGUUCGAUGUUUAGUCUUAUUUCAGCCAGCUAAGUGACACACAUAUCUUUUUUACUUAGGUUUAGGGUUUAGUAUCUUCAAAAGAAUGCAAAGAACUUGAUCUUAUCUUCUUCCAAUUUACUUCGUAUUUCCGUUCUAUACUACUUUCAUAUUGCCCUAGCCAAUUUAUGUUGUAUUUCCGUUCUAUACUUUGAUAAUCGGGAGUUGGAGUUUCGCUCCCCUAUACCCGGGGAAAAAAAAUUUCUCUAGUUAGUUACAACACCUAACACAAUCCCCUUCUCUUUUCUUCAUGUAAUGCCCAAUGUCAUUCUUAUGAGAUGAGCUGACCUACCCACGCCGGAAAAGAUUCUUUUAAGGGUCUUGGUCCUAGAAGUGCAUGAUACAUACCACCAAAAUCCAAUACUGUGGAGGAAAUCAAGUGAAGUACUCUCGACACAAAAUACGAAAAUGUGUCGUCAGGACCUAUCCCCAAAACCYAGAGUAGCUAGGUGGGUAGGUGAAGUUAAUGCUUGCUGCCCAUCCAUGAGCAUGCCCUUUUACUCUUUGCUCCUUCUAGGAUAAGUAAAUCUAAAAAGCAUUAGGGGAAUUUUAAUCUUAAGCCUUGAACUUUAUAAUGCUAAACUUUCAAUUACAUCCAAUUGGACAAACUUGUUGCAAUUUUUACUUUUCAAUAGGGCUUCCACUCAAAGAAGCUUUAAAUUAUUAAUAUUCUCAUGUGCAUCUAAUGAAUUACAAAGGCCUACAAAAUUGAUGGGGCUUCAAAGUAUAGACAACAAUGGAGCUGGAUUUUUUGAAAUUUGUGAGUUUUGGGAUAUUAGUCCCGUGAAUACUUUUGUACAUUGAUUUUUUUAAUGUUUGUUGUUGAAAUUAAAUAGUUUUUGGAGACUUUUAAGCAACUUUCGUUGAAAUCAGGGAGUGARUGUACUGGAAGCCUAAUAGAAGAUACAAAUUGCAACACUUAAAUUUCAAUAUAGUGAAACUAGAUGGUUACAGUAAAAAUUGACUCAUUUUGAUGAGGUAAAAAUUUCAUUUUUCUUUAAACUUGCCGUAAAUGAAAGGAAGAAGGAAGGUCUGUUUCCUGGUAUUUGGCAAACUGUCGUUUUUUUCCUCUCUAUUUACCCUGAAGCUAAUCCUCCCUUGAAAGUUUGCUUGGUAUAUGUUGGGCUGGGGGUGAAGAUUGGAGCUAAAAAAAUGAUUGGGGUAAAAAUCAGUCUAGUUGAGAAGUUUGGGCCAAAACAAAAAAUUUAAGAGAUGUUUUACUCAUAGUUUUAAUAAACUGAGCCACAUUACAUAAACCUGAUUUAUAUAGUUUGUAUUUUGAUUUGUGUGCUUGUGACUUGUAAAGUAGGUGUGUAGCAUAAAACAUAGACUUUAGGAGGUCUGAGUUUACGACUUGAGAUUUUGAGGUUAUUUAGAUAAUGACAUUGAAAAGCUCAUAGGAUAAACGAACCCAUCAAAUACAGACUAGGCUCGAUUUCAAAAUUUGAGAUUAUACAAAUGCUACCUGUGAGUCAAAUGCUCCCUUGAACAUGCUCAUACAGUUGGUGACGUUGCAAAACCAUACGUCCUCUUGAUAGAGAACUGAUUUAAGCCAGGAUUGUCCUUCCCCAGGAAAAAUCAAUGUAUUUGGUACAAUUUUUUGAAGUUACUGGUGAUAGUGUAGACUUUAGAGAACUUAUCGGCCCUCUUUAUGUUCCUGAAGAAGUUAUGGAGUGGGCUCUUUGAGACAUUUGGUCAGAAUUCCUUUGCUACCAGGAGUUAUAAAUUGAUAAUGAUUAUGUUUGAAAGCUUUCUUUUAUUCUCUAUUUGUGAAACAAAGUUGAGCAAUUUGAAUUUACUCUAGGUUUGUUCAUUCUUGGGAACUGGGAGAAGAGAGAACUACUGUGAGACUUUUAAGAAAAGAGAGAGGAUGUGGAUAUAAGAGAGAGUUAUUUUCUUUCCUGGUUAGAAUUAGGAAUAUCCAAUCAACUGAAAUCACCGUGCUCUGCACUAGGACAUCAGACGGCCAGCCCGUGUUUGCACCAUUAGGAAUUGUGAAGUACGGUACGUUUGUUCAUGACUUGUGCUAGUUAUAUUCUUACAGAACAUGGCCUCGAAAGUUGAACUCAUAUCCUUUAGGAUAUUUCAUUUUACAUGGCUAAUCUCGAGCGUAACUUAACCAAUUCCCUAGUUGGGCUCAAAUUGGGGACACUCCCUCUCCUCACUAGACUUGAAUUAUGAAUUAGUCAUAAAGGUUAUCAACAUCGUGUAGUAUGGAUCAAUCUAUUCAUUUCAACAUGUAAUAUAAAUCAACAUAACCCUUAAGAUUUUAGUGUCUGCUAAAUCUCUCGUCAUAAACAAAAAGAAAUCACCACCAAUGUAAUUCCUCCUAAUGGCUUAAGAGCAAUUUCAACUGCCAAGCUUGAGGGUGUUGUAGCUGACAUCUUCUACUGCUKUCUUAUGAGCAACAUUACCCUUUUGCUUUCCUCCAUUGUCUUCUGAUUUAAGUUAUAAUGUGCUGCUGCUC